CGCCAUCCUCUCAUCAUGCUCUCGAACCGAGCUAUGUUGCGCAUCCGCGCCUCAGCUUCCCAGCGUAUCGUGGCCUCGAGAGCCAUCCCAGCUUCGCAAUUCCGAUCCUAUGCAACUCCUGCUGCACCCGAUUCGAAGCCCCCGAUCGCCCUCUAUGGACUUGAUGGAACAUAUGCUACAGCUCUGUACACGGCUGCUGUGAAGAAUUCAACCCUCGAGAACACCUCCAAAGCGAUCAAUGCGCUUCACGAAGUCUACAACAAGGAUGCCAAGCUGGCCACGAUCAUGCAAGCGCCUACCUUGAGCUCGGAAGAUAAGACCUCGAUCAUCACCGAGCUUCAGAAGCACACCGGAGCAACGGACAAGGGAGACACCGUCAAGAACUUUCUCAUCACAUUGGCGGAUUACAAUAGAUUGGGCCUUCUGAAGGGUGUCUGCGAGAAGUUUGGCGAGCUGAUGAGCGCUGCCAAGGGGGAGGUCGAGCUGACUGUCACAAGUGCUUCGCAAUUGGAUGGCAAGACACUCUCUCGCCUUGAAUCAGCAGUAUCGAAGUCUCAAUAUGUCGGUCAAGGAAAGAAGCUCAAGGUCACCAACAAGGUCAACCCAGAUAUUCUCGGAGGACUUGUCGUGGAGAUCGGCGAUCGAACAAUAGACCUCAGCGUCUCUGCACGACUUGCGAAGAUGAACAAACUCCUGACUGAUACCUUGUAAAACAAAACUGCCUUAGUUUAGAAGAAGCGGAAGAUGGGCUCUGGUGGUCGAGGGCAUGACAUGUAUAUGAUCCGAGAAUUGAGCAUUUUCACCCACUCUUUAAGACUUCAUCAUCUCAACAAGAAUACACCAAAAUCCGUGGGACAUUAGGACCCCAUUGGUUGAAGUGAUAAUAAAAAUUCCAAGCGAAUGUAGUAUGUGGAUGUGGAUUGGGGCUGGCUUUUGUACACAUAAUCUGAAUGGCCUUCAAGUUGUCGGACUUUCUGAUCUAGGUAAUGCAGGAACUGAUUCCAGCCUCAUAUUGUACGUCACGUCCACAAUCGGAAAGGAGAGAUGUGUUGCCUUAAGUCAUUAAUCUCUACCAAUCAAUA